AUGCAAUUAGGACUGUCAGAAUAUCUCUCCACCCUGGUCGCAAGACGCUUUACAGCUGCUCGAGACACCGGGCAGCUCGUGUUCUCCUCAACACACCUGUCCAUCAUCAAUGCCGCAGGGAUAUCCUACCAACUUCGCUACUGCCCUGCACUCGCAAAGAAACCCUCCAACUUGAAGGAAAAUGUCCCGAAAACACCAAAGCCCGAUCCCUUCGAGAAUCCAUCUCCAGACCUCCUGAUCGCCCAGUUCCCGCCCGAGAACCCCGCUUAUAACCUCAUCCUCAACAAAUUCCCCGUCAUCCCGAAUCACUUCCUCCUCGUGACAAAAGACUGGCAGGCGCAGACGGAUCUUCUCGAUAAGGCAGACCUAGAAGCUACGUACGAGUGUCUAAAAGCCUGGAACACCGACAGCGAUGGAUCGAGAUCCGUAAACGGCUCAUCUCCAAAGAGCCUCUUCGCCUUCUUCAACUCCGGCGACGACAGCGGUGCAAGCCAACCCCACCGCCAUCUCCAAUUCCUCCCCGUCGAGGCAAUGCGCCAACCGGGCUCGGAAUCCUGGCAUCCACUAAUCGACCUCCUCACCUCCCAACCCACCUCCCCCUCCCCAACACCCAGGUUCCAGCACCUAUCAGGUCUCCCCUUCGCCCACUUCGCCCUCCCGAUCCCGCCCAAUCCCUCCGCUGAAACUCUACACGCAAUCUACCUCACCCUAUACAAGGCCGCGGCCGCCGCGACACGCGGACAACCGCCAAGCCAGGACACCGAGCCCCUCCCCACACAAGGACCGGCGUCUAUAAGCUAUAACCUGGCCAUGACCCGCUCGACGAUGAUGAUCUGUCCGCGCAGACAGGAGACCGCGCUUGUACCCGUCGAUAGCGCGGCGGCGCGCGAUAUCGUUGACCCCGGCGUGCUGUCGCUGAAUGGCACUAUCCUUGCUGGCACGCUGAUGGUUAAGGCUGAGGGCGAGUGGGAUUCUUUGCGGGAGAAUCCGGAGUAUUUGACGCAGGUCCUUGCUACGAUUGGGUAUCCUCGUACGGAUUCUCGUGGGCCUUCGCUGUGA